AUUUUCAUCCGCGACCGAUCUAGUUUAUUCUCGAAGCGUACGUUCUCCGAUAUCCCGUCGUCGGUCGCGCUUUUUUUUGUGCACGCGAGCUCAGGCCCCGCCCGAAAACAAUGGAGAACCUGGGACGAACGUGUUUUGUCGUCAUUUGCGCCGUAAUCGGCGUAUCGGGUCAGUUCAAAUGUCCCCAACGGACCGGAUAUUUCCCGCACCCGGUGCAGUGCGACCUUUACUACCAGUGCUCCAAGGGCGAGCACGAGGUCAAAUUGUGCCCGGACGGGUUGGUUUUCGACGACAGCGAUCCCAACCACGAGAGGUGCGAUAUCCCAGCGAACGUCGACUGCGCGGACCGCACGGCAUUGCAGCCGCCGAAGCCUAGUAAGGGUUGCCCAAGAGCUAACGGCUACUACAGGCACGACGACCCGCGCGCCUGUGACAAAUUUUUUAAUUGCGUCGACGGGGUAGCGCACGAGUUGCCCUGCCCUCCAGGCCUGGUGUACGACGACGUCGCCAGCACGUGCGCGUGGCCCGAGACGAGCAAGAGGAAAUGCGAGAACUCCAAGAGGGACGCGUUAGAUGACGGAUUCUCGUGCCCCGAGGGAGACAUCCAGGGACCGGACGGCAGGAAGUUGCCUCACCCCACGUUCGCCCAUCCCGACGACUGCCAAAAGUUUUACAUCUGCAGGAACGGGGUGCAGCCCCAAAAGGGCUCGUGCGCCAACGGGACGGUCUACAACGAAGACACGUUCACGUGCGAAGAUCCGGCGAACGUGCCCGGAUGCGAAAACUACUUCGGUCAGAAGAAGAACUAGCAGUUUUUUUUUUAAUUUAGAAUUUUCCAAUUGAAGAAGUAAGAAGAAGUACAAGAGAUUUUCAAAAUUUAUUGUUAUGAGGUCAAAUAAAUGCUUCAUUUUAUUUACUA